AUGAAGGUUCUGUUGCUGAAGGAUCCCAAAGACAAAGAUUCAGGACAAGAUCCGUAUAUUAAAGAAUUAGGAUUAUACGGAAUUGAAGCAACUUUGAUUCCAGUUUUGGCAUUUGAAUUCAUAUCUCUUGAAAGCUUAUUUGAAAAGCUCUCUCAUCCAGAAUGUUACGGAGGCCUAGUUUUUACCAGUCCAAGAGCAUUAGAAGCCAUCAAGAUAUGUUUAAAAGAGAACAGUAAAAAUGAAGCCUGGUCAAAAUCUCUUAAACCAAGAUGGAAUACCAAACCGGCAUACGUGGUAGGAAAAGCUACAGCUUCUCUAGUGGAAGAAAUUGGCCUUAUUCCAGAAGGAGAAAAGUCUGGAAAUGCUGAAAAAUUAGCUGAAUAUAUUUGCUCAAGAGAGAAACCUAAUUCCUCAGCUCUUCUUUUUCCUUGUGGAGCCCUGAAAAGAGAAGUACUUCCUACAGUACUUAGAGAAAAAGGUAUACCUCUGGAAUGCCUUACUGUUUAUCAGACAACCCAACACGCUGACCUGCAAGAGUCGUUGAGCAGUUACUUCUCACAACAGGGAACUCCGGCAAGCGUCGUGUUCUUCAGUCCAUCUGGUGUCAAAUUUUGCCUCCAGCACAUUCAGAAGCUUUCGGGGGAUUUUAUCAACCAUAUCAAGUUUGCUGCUAUCGGUCCAACAACUGCCGAAGCCCUGGAAGCCGCAGGAAUCCCAGUCAGCUGCACUGCAGAGAGCCCGACUGCCCAGGACCUCGCCGCUGGGAUCCAAAAAGCCCUUCGCUUACAGAACUGCUGUUUAUCGAAAUGA